AUGGCCCCAACUGAUUCGGUCGAGCAGAACGGGUCAUCGCACAAGUCAUAUUCCGCGGCCUCGAGCGAACCCGACGGCAUCGCACCCUCUGAUGAGGGCAUUUCCCCUGGCUCUGAGGAGCCUCCCUCGACUUCAGCGAGAUCCUUAGCAACAGUAGCGAAGCAUCCUCUCCAUCAGAUCAAAGCCCCUGGCAGUGUCCAGGCACUUGCUGUCGAUGACGAUGUCGUAUUCGUCGGCACCCAAGGGGGUAACAUCGUCGUUUGGUCUCUCGAGACAUAUGAGCUACUAGCUACUGUCCCUGCUCACAAAGAGAGCGUGCUCAGUCUAACCCUCUCCGACGACAAGACGCUACUUUUCUCUGCUGGCGCUGACUCGAUUGUCAAUGUUUGGUCCACAGAGUCUCUGCAGAGACUCUAUUCUCUGUAUUCGCACUUCGAAAUUGGCGAUGUUUUUUGCGUAGCGCACUCUACCAAGACCCAGACUCUGUUUUGGGGCGCUCAGAAUGCCAGCAUCCAGUGGUACAAGCUCAACACGGAUACCGCUCUCAAAUUCCCCCUGUCGAACCUCGCACCUGGCUCUCGCAAGCAUCGAUUCUUCGACUCUUUGGGACCUGGCGGGAUAGCGAAUGUCAUCGCAGAUGAGGGUGUACAGAAUGGACCCAGCAACCAGGGAGGUCGAGCCUUGACCGCUCCCAGCGGGAACUAUCUUCCGUAUGCUCACAAAAGCUACAUUUAUAGCAUGCUAUUGGUGAAAGGACUCUUUAACCGUGGCGGAGACGAGGAAGUUCUCAUCACCGGUGCUGGUGAUGGAACUAUCAAGCUCUGGUCGAUCGACAAUCUCGUUGAAUCUGGGCCAAGACAGAUCACAAAAUUCAAGAAUGCAGAUUCCAACGUGUUGAGUCUCUCAUAUCGCGACUCUUUCCUCUAUGCUGGUUUAUCGGACGGCCGGGCUCACAUUUACAACCUUGCAUCAAAUCAACUCGUGCAGAAAUUACAGGUGGGCCAUGGCGACGUCACUCAGAUCCUGGUGAGCACAGAGAGCAUCCUGUGCGGUACCAGCCAAGGAUGGAUCAAGCGAUACGACGACCAUUUCGUAGAGGUCGAAUCGUGGCAAGCGGCUGCUGGAAAGAUUCUAGCGAUGGGCUUGACAACAACCCCAGAUCACGACAUGCUUGUUACGGGAGGAAACGAUCGUGUCGUAUCCUUUUGGAGCGGCAAACCCGGAAUCCAGACAUCCAUAGCCAAUUCUGCAAGGAGCAAUGACGAGCUCGUCAACGCUCUUCGCGAGUUUGUGGCAUAUCGCACAGUGGCUUUGAACGCAACGUGCGUUCGAGACUGUCAUGAAGCAAUCACGUUUCUAAGAAAGAAAUGCAAUGCUUUUGGUGCGACAACCCGCCUCCUGUCACCUCAAGAAGGCGUCAACCCGAUCCUCCUUGCCAGGUUUCCGGCAUCCAAGCCUUCCAAAUCAACAAAAUCAAUCCUCUUCUAUGGCCAUUAUGAUGUCGUCGACGCAGAACUUGACACCAGUAGCUCGAAUCCAACGUGGAAUGGAGAUCCAUUCGUUCUUCAACCGCUAGACACCUACCUUUACGGGCGCGGCGUAACCGACAACAAGGGUCCUAUCCUAGCUGCCAUCUACGCCGUGGCAGAUCUGGUCCAGCAUGGCUCUCUGUCUUGCAACGUUACAUUUCUGCUUGAAGGCGAUGAAGAAGCCGGCUCCCGAGGUUUCCGUCAGACGGUUCAAUCUGCCCACGACGCCAUCGGUCCGGUGGACUAUAUCCUGCUAUCCAACAGUUACUGGCUCGAUGACCACAUCCCCUGUCUUACGUUUGGCAUGCGUGGAGUCAUUCAUGCCAGUGUUAGUGUCACUUCGAACCGGCCGGAUCUGCACUCAGGAAUGGAUGGCAAGUCUGUCCAGCACGAGCCACUCAAAGAUCUGACGGUUUUGCUCGCUACCCUUGUCGGCCCUUCUGGGACAAAAAUUACAGUGCCUCAUUUUUACGACACGGUUGAUGAGCUUUCCGAAUCAGAAGUCAAGGCCUAUGCUUCCAUCACCUCUUCGCUUCUACCUGGCCACCCAGAAAUCAAAAAUGAGAAGGCCUUUGCCCUUUCACUGAUGCAACGGUGGCGGUAUCCCAAUUUGACCGUGCAUCGGAUAGAGGUACCCGAGGCAAAGACUGCUGUCACCAUCUCUGGCUCGGCGAAAGCGACACUCUCCAUCCGGAUAGUCCCAUCGCAGACGGCAGAGCAGAUUGCCCAGUCCCUAACGGAAUACCUGCGCGCCGAAUUCGCGAAGCUCCAGAGUUCAAAUUCUCUGAGUGUCGCAAUCACAUCAAAAGCAGAUCCAUGGCUUGCGGAUGUGAAAAGUGAGAUCUACACGACUCUCAAAGACGCCAUUAUUGAUGUCUGGAAUCCUGAUAUUGCAGCGCAUCAGCAGCGAGCAUUCAAGGUGUCCGCCGGUGGCAGCACCACUGAAAGUGUUCAGGGCGCAUCGCCGUCUUCUAAGCCUACAUCCGCUUCUUCGGCCUCCAAGGCUGUCGCAUCAUCGUCAACAGCAGCCGAGGCUCCAGCUCGCACGUCACAUCGUCGCGCAUCCUCCCUCGCGACGACAGGUUUCUUCCCACCAUCCACCCUGCCACGAGAACCCCUGUUCAUCCGCGAAGGCGGCAGUAUCCCCGCGAUAUCGUUUCUCGAACACGAGUUCGACGCGCCCGCCGCCAUGUUCCCCAUGGGCCAGGCGAGCGACAAUGCCCAUCUGGAUAACGAGAGGAUGCGAGUGGAGAACCUGUACAAGGGCCGAGAAGUCCUAAAGAGGGUAUUUGCGAGAUUAUAG